CUCUGUCAGCCGAGCAUGGCCCCGGCUGCAGGACAACCCCGCUGGCGCCGCCGUCCUGCCGGGGCCGGAGUUGGGGGGAUGUCCUUGGCCUUCCCUGUGGGCCGGAGGCAAAUCCCCUCCCUGUCCUUCUUGCUUCCUGCCCCAGGCCCCGAGCUGAGGACGGAGAGCCCGGAGGACAAAUCCCCCCGUGAGACCCUGGUGGGAGAGGCCGUUUUGAAGGGCUCCCCGGCGCAGGAAGGCAGCGGGGAGGAAAAGGGCCGGAGAUCCCCCCGCAGGAGGGGCUCCAAAGCCAUCCCAGGGUGCUCUGAGGAGGAAAGACCCAGCCUGUGCUGGGAAGGCGGCCGGAGCUUGAGGGGGAGCUCUGAGCUGGUGGUCCCUGAGCAGCCUCCCAGCACGGAGAAGCCCUUCAGGUGUUUGGAAUGUGGGAAGAGCUUCAGGAAGAGCUCCGACCUCCUCAAGCACCAUCACAUCCACAGUGGGGAACGGCCCUACCUGUGUGGGGAAUGUGGGAAGUGUUUCAGGAACAGCUCCAACCUCCGCAGACACCAGCGCAUCCACAGUGGGGAACGGCCCUACAUGUGUGGGGAAUGUGGGAAGAGCUUCAGUGACUUAUCCACCCUCCGCAAACACCAGGUGAUCCACACUGGGGUGCGGCCCUACACGUGUAGGGAAUGUGGGAAGAGCUUUAGGGACAGCUCAAAGCUCCUCACCCACCAGCACAUCCACACUGGGGAACGGCCCUACAUAUGUGGGGAAUGUGGGAAGAGCUUCAGGGAGAGCUCCAGCCUGAUCCGACACCAGCUUAUCCAUACUGGGGAACGACCCUACAAGUGCUUGGAAUGUGGGAAGAGAUUUCAGACCAGCUCAGAUCUCCUCGUGCACCAGCGGACGCACACGGAUGAGAGGCCCUUCCGCUGCCCCCACUGCGGGAAGGGCUUCAAGCAGAACUCCCACCUCGUCACCCACCAGCGCAUCCACAGCGGGAGAGGCCCUACAAGUGUGGGGAGUGUGGGAAGAGCUUCAUCAAGAGCUCAACUGUGGGGAAUCCUGCUGAUUGAAAAUGGAGGCAUUGGUCCUGACAACAUGUUGAUGCACUCUGAGAGAGGAGAAAAACAUCAAGAGAAAGCUGUCCCGUGAGAACAAGGACACUGUCCCAUGAGAACAACAACUUAUUUUGAACAAAGUGGCUGAGAAAAAUAUAAACAUGAGAAGAAAACAAGAACAGAUGUGCAGAGGGACUGUUAGAAAGUAGGACUG